AUGAAUCCGACGGAGGAGGAAUUGCAGGUAAACAAAGAUAAAGUGUAUUGGCUCAACCUACCCCCGAUUAAUUGCGUCUUACGGUGUGGGUCUGUGAUCCCACAUAAAAAUGCAAUACCUUUUNACACCAACAACUCCGGCUCAACCGAGGCGGAAGAGUUCACACAAGAAGAACUCCAAGAAUUCGCUCAAGCGUUCAAGAUGUUUGACAAAGAUGGCAACGGUACGAUGAAUAUCAAGGAGUUAGGUGUGGCAAUGCGAACGUUGGGCAUGAAUCCGACGGAGGAGGAAUUGCAGAAUAUGGUCAACGAAUAUGACGUCGAUGGUAACGGCAAAAUCGACUUUGGUGAAUUCUGUAAGAUGAUGAAGGAAAUGAAUAAAGAAACGGAUCAGGAAUUGAUACGACUUGCCUUCAAGGUGUUCGACAAGGACGGUAACGGCUACAUCACCGCCCAAGAGUUUAAGCAUUUCAUGACGACGAUGGGAGAACGAUUCACCGAAGAAGAAGUUGAUGAGAUCAUCAAAGAAGUCGACAAGGACGGCGAUGAGCAGAUCGACUACGAAGAAUUCGUGCAGAUGAUCGCUCCAAUCGUUUCCGAAGGCAACAAAGAUGAUCCGUUUGCAGAACCUCCUCCAGCCUCCGCUACCACAACAAAGUGA